AUGAACAACGCAAGCGGCCGCAUUACUUGUACUAUUUCCACCACUCAGGCGUUGACUGACGAGGAUCUCGGCAAGACCACCGGCGAAGACCAGGCUAUUAUUCGAGCUUCAUUGACCACAUCUGCGGAGGAGAUGUUUGCAGACGAGGGCGCGAUUGUAGCGUUCAUGUGCGCUAUCGAGGAGUUUGCCAUCACAAACUCUGAGCUCGCAAGCUCAGCAAGCUCCAUCAGGUCCACAAACACCGCUCUUUCUGUCAGCUCCGCUAUCUCUCUGUCCUCAUCAAGCUGCGUCUCUUCGAUGUCUUCUGCAAGCUCGGUCACGCUUACGGAGGAUCUGCCGAGCCCUGCUGCCAUGCACCCCAUCACUCGCCGGUUCAUCGAGUCCCAGGUGCUUUACGACCUUGGCUAUCCUUUCACCGUCCCGGAGGGAUACUAUUCCAUCGCUGAUCCGCAGGUCUACGUCUCUGCCCCGCCGCUCCUAAUCCCCAGCACCUCCACAGCUGUCCAUAUCGAUGUUGACAGCAUGCCCGCGACCAUGGCUGCAGCUUCGAAAACUAAGAAGAGGGGUCUUGUAUCCUCAUUCAGUACGCCAAGACUAGCAAAGUUUGUACAAAUGUUCAAGAAGUUCGACAAGGACACUGCACGCACGCGUGGUCUCAAGUCCUCUCCUCGUCCUCAGAGCUGCCACUUGUUCUAG